UAUGAAUAAAACACGUUAGUAAUCUCGAAGAAAUGGAAUUAAAUAAUGAAACUAACUUUCUAAACUCUAAUGAUAUGAGUACGGAAGAUUUGUUGAAACUGUUAUCAAACUGUGCUGAACUAAUUGAAAUACCAAGUAAUCAUACAUAUUUAAUUCAGGACAUUGGAAAUAUGCCAGGUCUCUUUAAACCGAACUGGAUUGUUUUAUAUAAUGUAGCAUUUGAUGUAUUCUUGGUUGGUUGUAUACUACUUGCUGGAAUUACUGGUAAUAUUUUAAGCGGAUUCGUUUUAGCACGUGAUAAAUCUCAUGGAACAACUAGUUUAAUACUAACCAGUCUAGCUAUAUUUGAUACAGCAUUUCUAAUUUUAUGCUUUUUUUUCCAAUUUCUCAAAACAUUAUCUUUCUAUAUUUUAUGGUUGUCAUAUAUAAAUUUCUAUGCACAUACAAGUAAAAUACUCUAUGGAUCUGGAAUGGCAGUGAGGAUGAUGAGAAAUUGGACUGUUGUUCUGGUAUCAUUAGAACGUUGGGUGGCUGUAUGUAAACCACUUCAUGCACCUAGUAUAUGUACACGGAAAAAAGCACAUAUUGCUAUAACACUUAUUGUUGUAUUAUCCUCUCUUUAUAAUAUUCCACACUUUUUUAUUGUUGAUGCAAUGCCAUUAUUAUGUUACUCUAAUGACGAUAACAAAACAAAUAUUUUUCAUUCUGGUUAUCACAAUUUUACGGAAUUACCUAAAGGAAUUCUAAUAUAUCAUAGUGCUAUACGAUCAUGGGUGAAUAAUAACUAUGCUUUCAGAUUGAUUUAUCGUCUAAUCAGUUAUACAAUUCUAAUUGUUAUUCUACCUAAUGUUAUCAUUGCCCUUUUUAAUGUACUACUUAUUCGAGGAAUUAAGUAUGCAAAUCAGAGGAGGGCGCAAAUUAUCGCUAGAAUAGACUGUGCUAAUAGGCAAUUAGAACAAUGUAAUUAUCAUUCUUUGCACCGUGACUAUCGUCAACAUUCUCAAAAACAACAUUCAUCUCAUCAUCAUCAUCAUCAUAAUAUUUCGAAAUAUUCUCAUGGAACACCAAGUUCUUCAGAAAAUCAUGCUUAUUUUGUACGUGUUACAAAAUCUAGUCGUUCACGUACAAUGGAAGUAAAUCGUUUAUGUGUGGGAGUAAUUAUAAUAUAUCUAGUAUGUGAAUUACCAGCUGUUGGCUAUCAAAUAAUUUAUUUGAUUAAUCAUCGAAGUUUAAUAGAGAUUAUACGUCCUGUUACAAAUGCUUUAGUAUGCUUGAAUAGUGGUGUAAACUUUUUUGUCUACGUAUUUCUUGGAAGAAGAUUUCGUUCUCAACUGAAAGAUCUAUUCUGGAAUGUUAUUAGUAAAUGUGGAAUACACAAUAAUCAACGAAAAAUCACUAGUCAUUCUACGCAUUAUAUGAAUUCAUGGCAUUCAAGACAUGAUAAUGCAUCGAUAGAUAAAGAAAGUGAACGAUUAUUAAUGAAAGAACAUAAAUCAUUGGGACAAAUAAUGAAAUCCGACUUGAAACCAGCUACUAUACGUCUCAGUUUAAGCGCCCCUUAUACACAGACUUCAGUUAUGGAAACAUAAUAUUGACAGAUGCGCAUACCUACCUGAAAACUAAUUGUACAGUUGCAAAGAAACGACUAGAAAAUUAGUCAUUAUAAUGCUUUUCGAUGACUUCAAAAUGAAAAACGAUAUUUAUUAUGAACAGGAAGAAAUCAUACUAUUAAAUAUAAUUAUCAUUUCAGUUUGGAAAAAUUCUACUGUCACCAUUCAUUUUGAUAGGUGUAAUAUGUUAACCAAUGUGUACAAAAUAAAGUUGUGUUAUAAAAGACACUACCUGGUAAGACUAAAGGUAUUGAUGAUGACUAGGGUACUUGUGUCAAUGUUGAUAAAAAAAUACCUAAAUUUUGAAAUUAUUGAACAAAAACAUUUAGAAACAUCAUUUUUAAUUUGAUUUUGAACUUUUCUAUUGAAACUGAAAAUGUACAUUAAUGAACACUGUUUAUAAAAUACUUUAAUUCUUAUCAGUAAUUUUGUUAGUGAUCAGCU